AUGGAAGAAACACAGUUUACUGACAAUGCAUUGAACAUCAUAACGAAUGCUACGCAGAUAGCUAAGGAGGGAAGCCAUGCUCAAUUGAUGCCUUUACAUCUCUUGGCAGCAAUGGUUCCUUCCGACAAUGAGUCUUCGACCCCAUACUUGAAGACGUUGAUAACGAAGGCUAGGUAUGAAUGGCCGGAUUUUGAAAGAAUAGUCAACCGCAGGGUGGUGAGACUUCCAUCGCAGAAUCCACCUCCAGAUACUCCAGCGCCAAGUUAUGCUACGGGACAAGUAUUGCAGAAAGCUGCAAAAUUCAAGACCCAGCAAAAGGACAAUUAUAUUGCUCAGGAUCAUAUAUUAUUGGCAUUGCUUGAGGACGCUAGUAUCAAGGAAAUAUUCAAGGAAGCCGGAAUCAACACGGAGACCAUACUGAGCGAAGUCAUGGAGAUGAGAAAGGGCCAGAGAAUUGACAGUCGAACUGCCGACUCGUCGCAAACGUUUGAGUUCUUGAGCAAGUAUUGCGAAGACUUGACGGAAAAGGCUCGUGAGGGAAGAAUAGACCCUGUCAUUGGUCGUGAAGAAGAGAUCAGGAGGGUCAUCAGAGUGUUGGCAAGAAGAACAAAGUCCAACUCGGUCCUCAUUGGUGAGGCUGGUGUUGGUAAGACAUCUAUUGUGGAAGGUGUGGCCCAGAGAAUUGUUGACGGGGACGUGCCUAAUGUGUUAUCCCAGGCACGUUUGUUCGCUCUCGAUCUCGGCGCAUUGACCGCUGGUGCAAAGUACAAGGGUGAAUUCGAAGAGAGAAUCAAGGGAGUAUUGAAAGAUAUCGAGAACUCGAAAGACAUGAUCAUCCUUUUCAUCGACGAAAUCCACAUGUUAAUGGGCGAUGGAAAGUCUGACGCUGCUAACUUGUUGAAACCCAUGUUAGCCAGAGGUUCACUCCACUGUAUUGGUGCUACCACAUUCAGUGAAUAUCAAAAGUUCAUUGCUAAGGAUGGUGCCUUUGAGAGAAGAUUCCAAAAGAUUGACGUUCCUGCCGCUACUGUCAACGAGACUGUGGCUAUUUUGAGAGGCUUGCAACCAAGAUACGAAAUCCACCACGGAGUGCGUAUUUUGGAUAGUGCUCUUGUCACAGCAGCUCAAUUAGCUUCUCGUUAUUUGACCUACAGAAGCUUACCAGAUUCUGCAGUGGACCUCAUAGAUGAAAGUGCAGCCACUGUAGCUGUCGCUCGUGACUCCAAGCCCGAAGAGUUGGACAAUUUGGAGCGUGAGCUUCACUUGGUUGAGGUGGAAAUCAAUGCCCUUGAAAGAGAUGUGGAUGCAGAUUCUGCCUCCAAGGAUCGUCUCGAGAUCGCUAAGAGGAAGCAAGCUGAAUUGAUUGAAAAGUUGAACCCAUUGAGAGAACAAUUCAACCAAGAACGGGCAGGACAUGAAGAAUUGAUUGCAGCCAAGAGAAAGUUGGAUGAGCUUGAAAUCAAAGCUCAUGAUGCUGAAAGACGGCACGAAACCGCAAAGGCUGCAGACUUGAGAUACUUUGCCAUUCCUGACGUUCAGAAACACAUUCAAGAGCUUGAGAUUAAGGUAGCUGAGGAAGAGGCACAAGAAGGACUGGAAGCCUUAUUAAGAAAUGUUGUCGGUUCAGAGCAAGUAUCUGAAACUGCUGCCAAGCUCACGGGAAUUCCAGUAACCAAAUUGACUCGUGCUGAGAAUUCCAAAUUGAUCAACAUGGAGAAAGAAUUGGCUUCUGAGGUUGUUGGACAGCCAGAAGCAGUCAAGGCGGUUUCCAAUGCUAUCAGAUUGUCACGCUCUGGACUUGCCAAUCCAAACCAACCAGCUUCAUUCUUGUUCCUCGGUUUAUCGGGUUCCGGUAAGACUGAAUUGGCCAAGAAGUUGGCCGGGUUCUUGUUUGCCGAUGAAAGGGCCAUGAUAAGAAUUGACUGUUCCGAGUUGGGAGACAAGUGGUCCGCCUCUAAAUUAUUGGGUGCUGCUCCAGGUUAUGUUGGUUAUGAAGAGGGAGGAAUCCUUACAGAGGCUUUGAUUCGUCGUCCAUACUCUGUUGUUUUGUUUGAUGAAGUUGAGAAGGCUGCUCCUGAGGUUUUGACCGUCUUGUUGCAGGUCUUGGAUGAUGGUAGAAUCACUUCAUCUCAAGGAAAGGUGGUGAAUUGCGCCAAUGCAAUCUUUAUUAUGACAUCUAACCUUGGUGCUCAGUUCAUCAACAACUCGCUGCACUCCAAGAUCGAUCCUCAAACCAAGGAAUUGGUUAUGACUGCUGUCAGAAACCACUUCAGACCCGAGUUCUUAAAUCGUAUUUCGGGUAUGAUUGUGUUCAACCGGUUGUCUAGAAAGGCCAUCGCCAAGAUUGUCAAGAUCCGGUUGAACGAAAUACAAAAGAGAUUUGCAGCUAAUGGCAAAGCAUUUACGUUGUCGUUGGACGAUGCAGCAUUGGAGUACUUGUGCAAAAACGGUUACUCCUCGGAUCUCGGAGCACGUCCUUUGAACCGUCUUAUUCAGAAUGAAAUUUUGAACAAGUUGGCGAUCCUUCUUUUGAAAGGUCAAAUCAAAGACAAGGAGACUGCUAGAGUCACACUUGGCUCUAAAGGCCUCGAGGUUAUACCUAAUCACGAUGUCGAAGACAUGGAUAUGGGAGAUGCGGAUGACGAAGGCUGGUGGGACGUUGAUGACGAUGAUGAUGACGACGUUGUUGAAACCCUCGAUUGA